GCGAGCUCCACAACGUCAGUUCGCACGGCUGAUCUUCCGGCAUUACUCCCUCAUGCCGAGCCGACGACCUAUACCUCUCUCGUCUUUCCUCGGGCAAAUUACCAGCCUGCCAAGCACCCAGAUCGAAUUACAAGCUCGGUAGAUGUCGUGUCAACAGGUGUUGGAUCGACCACCAUGUCUACAAUCUCUGUCACAAAACACGCUGCAGAAUCGUUGACAAGGAACAGAAAAUUCUCCUUGCCCAACGUCAUUACUCCAAGAAGCUCGGUGGAUAGUACUCCCAGUCACUUGAUGAUCGAUGACACUCCAUUCGUGUCCCUGACUUCACACGUUGCUUCACCUUCCAAAAUUCAAAGUAAUCAGGUUUUGGUCAAGGUCGAAUGUGUCGCGUUGGAAGGUCUCGAUGUCACACUUGCUAGGGAGAAGAGUAAGACGGCGGAUGGGUAUGGGUUUAUUCCAGGUCGAGGGUUUUGUGGUCGAGUGUUGGAGGCCGGAUAUGGAGUUUCUACCGUUCGAAAAGGAGACUGGGUGAUGGGACUGUUGGAAGUGGCUAAGGAUUUAUGCUGCUGCUACUUGACGCGAUGCUUGAUGGGGGAUUGCGAGAGGGACGGGUUUCGGGGGAUGCGGCAAGUGUUAGGGAUUGCAUUGGGAUCACGGGCGAGUAACUUGCGAGGUCAAGGGCAGCUGUUUGCGGGGACGCUUGAGGCGACGUAUGGGGACGUCUCGUUCGAGGACGUCUAUCCUGUUGUAGAAGAUACUCCCAUUCCUUUCGCAGACGAGGAUCUGCGGCGGCGGAGUAGUAUUGCGACCGUCGAGUCGUCCUUUCUUCUGCCGCAGCACUGGCCACUGGCGUCUGAAGAACACCCAUGCAGGCUGAAAGGAGCGGAUGCUCGAGAGGGGAACAGGUCGAAGUUUGGAACAAAAGAGUUGAGGGCCUUUUUAAUAACGAUCAUAUUAUCAUAUCCUUCAUUUUCCAAUGCAAAAGUUCUUGAACACUGCGUCAAGCACAUCGUCAGUGGUCACCGACCUAGAAAUAUCCCCGAUCUCCUUCGCUGCAUAACGCAGCUCUUCUGCCCCCAACACGACAUUGCUUCCCGCGUCCUCACCGUUAACGCACCGAAGAAACGCCUCGAGAAACCCAACAGCAUUCUCCAUAUGCGCGCGCUGCCGCGCAUGGCGUAUCAUGGGCUCAGCCUUGCCGGGUACACCUCCAUGCUCCGGUAG